AUGGAUGGGGAGAGCCCGGUGGACGAGGACCACGUUUCCCGUCUGCAGGUGGAGAACGACCAGAAAACUCCGGAACAAAAGUAUCCGGUGCUCUGCGACUGCCUUCAUGCCUCCAUCCACGAAAGAGAAAACAGUCCAAUGAUGAGAGCAGCGCUCUGUGCUCAGGUGUGUAAGCUGUACAGGUUUCAGGCUGAAAGCCAGAGGUGGCUGCUGGUGAGGGAACAGAUGUCCGAAACGCCGCUGUCUUUGUCUUUACCCAAACAGCUACUGAGCAUGCUCAUACAGGAGCACACAGACAGGGUCCAGGAAGUGACGGAACUGGGCGACCUAUCGCCUCACUGGGAUGGGCUUCGUCGUGAUGUCAUCAGCCACUGUCACCACCUGAUUGGCUGUUACCAGGAAACACUGGCUGAGCUCGACAAACUCUCAGCGUCGUCUUGUUUCAAAGUGAGCAGCGCUAAGUCGGAUCGACACCUCCAGUUCGUUCCAACCAACCUUCACUCUCAGAGGAUGGAGGUCACCAAUCCAGACAGCUCAGGUGUUUGGUAUGAUGUCAUCACCUUUGGCGCUCCAGCUGAUCACCACCAGGCCUUCAAACAUGGAGGCCUGAGGAGGCUUCUGAGCAAACACACAAACCACAGCUCCGUGUUUUACUCCCAGGACGAGAGCUCCAGAGCCAGGGAGCUGCUGGCCAGCGUGGCCCAGCUGCAGCCUCUGGUCUUUGGCCUGUCUGAGGAGCUUCUCUCCGUCUCUCUGGAGGUGAACGUCGUCCAACUUCAGAAGGUCCUGGACGGUCUGAUCCAGCAGACCGACCAGUUUGUUCAUACACUCAAAGAUGAGCUGGUGAAAAACGCCCUGCUGGCGAUCCACGAGCAGCAGACCUGCAGCCACGCUGACGGCAACGGGCUGCUCUGUGAGAACCUGCCAGCCAAUCAGGAGGGGCCGCCGUCGCCAGGACAAGCGGACAGACGAUGUGAUUCAGAGUACGACCAGGAAGAGUGGGACAGACUGUGGGCGAAUGUCGCCAAGAGCCUGAACUGCAUCAUCGCUUUGGUGGACCGACUGCGGCGGCAAGAGGACUGCCUCCAGGAAGUGACAUCACGAGAGGCGCCAGACAGGAACUCCCAGAACAGCAGUAAUGUUUUCCUGUCCGCCGCCUCCUCGUCCUGGCAGGAGCAGCUGCUUCCUCUGGUUCUGACUCUCAGGGAUUGCGUCCGUGAAGCCGUGACUCUGGCCCGAGCUGCCCUGACCUUCGUGGUGCUGCAGGGGGCGCUAUCAGCGAGUGCCGCUCAGGGACCGCCGAGCCUCGUCCAGAGACGCCACGCCGUCUUCAGCCAGGCGCUCUCAGCAGUGACCCUCGGGUUCCUGUUGAGGCUCCAUGAAGGUCUGAAGGAUCCUCAGUUUCUGCUGCAGCUUCACUCUGUAGGAAUCCUGGUCCAGCUGGAGGGACUGCUGAACCCCUAUGGUGACGAGCUGGGGAUGCUGGAGGACACGGAGCAGAGUGUCAGCGACCUGAGCAGAGCAGCCUUCACCUUCACCCAGGCCCCGAGUCAGGGACCCGAGGGCCUGCUGCCCUCCGUCAGGGGAGCAUGGGGCAGGUUUGUAGUUGAGGUUCCGUUGCCCCCGGAGACCUUCAGUUUGUUGCCACGGGAACUAAAAGAUGGAUGUUUGAUACGAGUUGAUGCGGUUCUGUUCAACAUCGGAAUCAACCAGCGCAGUCUGGCUGAGAGGUUUGGAGAUGUUUCCGUCCAGGACAGACUGAACCGGCAGAGCUUUGAGCGACUCAGAUCCUACUGUUCUGCCCUGACGGCCCGGCUGCCGGACCUCGCCGGCGUCCGCUCGCUGCCGGACUUGUUGUCGUCUCUGGACCUGAGCCUGCAAGCCAAGAGGAGGAAGAAGGUGGAGGUUCUGUGGAUCGCUGCGACGGUGUGUCGACAGGUGAACGGUGUGCGACUGACCAGCUGUAAGAGUGCAAAGGAUCCAACGGCCAUGUCGGUGACGCUGGAACAGUGUUUGCUGCUGCGACGGCGACACCAGCUGAGCCGGCAGAGCUUCAGCACGGCGCUGGACAGCAUGAGGAGAGAAGGCUGCAGGCUGGACAACAUGCAGCAGAAGGUGGCCAACAGGAAGUUCUCCCUCAGCAGCGUCCGGCUCCUCGCCUUCCCCAAAUCCAAGGACCUCCAGACAACAACAGUGUUGUUUUCACAUGUGAACCUGCUGUUUGGCUGCAGGUGUUUCAGCUCCUAA